AUGGCGGGUCUACCAGAGUCUCAGUUCUUCAGACCGCUUACGGGCGUCGGCGCGCCAGCGGUCGUAGACGGUGCAUUAACGCUAGCACUUACUCUGCCAUUCGUGGCGGAUGUAGAACAGAAUAUAGUGCUGCUUACGGAGUCUGAGUAUCCUAUAUACACCGCGAAGCGGAAAACCUCGGCGCUGCCAGAUACGGCGCGGAUAUACAUCUUGGAGCCUACACACGACAAAGAGACCGGGGAGUGGCGUCUACCCGUUCUCUGGCCCGCGGGGAAUAACUGGCGGGUCAAGCACGGGUUUGGGGCUGUUGAUUUCCGCGCUACAAUACACCCCCCGUUACACGAAGGCGAGCCAGACCUAGACAGCACACAGGAUUCCGCGCAGGAGAGGGUUAUAGUAGACGGCAUACCACUCCCACCCUCCGCCGACAUCGGCCUCCUCGACGCCCUCUUCCUCCGCGCGCGCAGCACAGACACGCAACUCCGCUGGGCAGCCCACACCGCAACAUCCUAUCCCUCCUCAGAGCGCGGCUGGGCCCGCCUCGGCGACACCGCCCUCGCCGCCGCCUGGUGGAAGCUCGCCAUGCUCUCGUACCAGCACGCCCACACGCUCUCCACCACGCCCAAGCGGCAAGCGUACUACGCCAAACACAUCACCUCCUGCAGCGCGCACACCGAGUACGGGCCCCUCUUCACCGACGACGAGGCCUCGCACAUCACCGCCGCGCUCCCCGCCGCACUGGUACAGACGCUCAGCGCGCCGUGGACCACGCCGCCGCCUGCUCUCCCGAGCCCGGCCUCGAGAGCCCUGGAGUCGCGGACUCGAUACUGCACGCUGCACCCGCGCCACCAGCUCCCGCGCUUCUUCUCAUGGCUCGUGCCCCACCACCUCUGCGCCAUGAGCACGCCGCGCAACGAGGCCGACGUGCAAGCGCUGCACGCCAAGCUGGGCGUGACGCACAUCGUCACGCUGACGGCCGAGACGCCGCUGCCGCCGCUGUGGUUCCCGCCUGCGGGCGGGGUGCGCAACACGUUUGUGCCGGUUGAGAACUACUAUGCGCCGACGGUGGCGCAGAUGGACCGCGUGCUGAGGUUGAUUGUUGAAGAGCCGUAUUAUGAUGUUGAUGGGCGCGGGGCGACGCUGGUGCACUGCGGCGGCGGGAAGGGGCGUGCGGGGACCGUGCUGGCGUGUUAUGUCGCGCUGUUUGGGUUCACUGUGGGCGGCGAGGACGGGCCGCCGGUGAUGGCGGCGGGGGCGGCGGUGGAGGCGGUGAGGGGGAUGAGGAGCGGGAGUAUUGAGACGGAGCAGCAGGAGCGGUUUGUGGCGUCUUAUGUUUCUCUUGCGUGGAAGCGGCAUGGGCGCGGGGAGCCGCUGAUUGGGAAUGGUGGGGAGGUUGACGAGCCUACUAGCGUGGAGAUGGAGGUGAUGGGCAGUAGUGAGGUGCCGGAUUUUGUGGUGCUGGUGGGGCUGCAGGGGAGCGGGAAGAGCGGGUUUGCGCGGAUGUGUAGGCUGCGGAACCCUAAUGUUGAGGUUCUGUCGCCGGAUGAGAUCGUGGCUGAAGAGCGGGUUGGGACGGCGUCUGCGAAAAGGGCCUGCGAGGCUGCCGUGGGUCAAUGGAGGGGUGGCGGCAGCAGGAAGGUGCUUGUUCUAGAUCGAUGUAAUCCCACGCCUAGUGAGCGCAGGGAGUGGACCAAGAUGUUCAAUUACAGCGCCAACAUCACCGCAGUAUGGUUCGACUAUGAUGCAGAGCUUUGUCAAUCCCGCGCUGAGCACCGGGGUUUGCACCCUACGAUGCCGCCGCACCGCGUCAAGAGUGCCAUCUCCAGUACCGCAAAGUUAUUGCAGCCUCCAACGCUGGAUGAAGGCUUCACGGGUGUUGUGAGAGUAAGGUGUAUCGCGAAUGCGGUCGAGCUGGCGAAUCGCUGGUUUGGAGAGGUGCCUAUGAGAAAAUUCGUCAGGACGAGGCAUCUACUUGAUCUGGGGUCCGCAACACGGGACGAUCUAGUCCUCGAUAGCAACGAUCUGGAGGGACGGUUCCAGAAGAUGGUUGUGGUGGAAGAGAAAGUGGACGGCGCGAAUAUUGGUUUUUCGCUUGACGCCACAGGGAAGAUAUUGGUGCAGAACCGCAGCCAUUACAUCAGCUCCUCUGACCAGGCCCAGUUCUCGAAGAUAGACUGGUGGCUGGAGAGAUAUGGGCCGAAGUUGUACAGGGUGUUGGCGAGAGACGAGGUGUUGAAGGAGAGAUAUGUGUUGUUUGGAGAAUGGAUGGCGGCAACACAUAGCAUUGCAUAUACGAGGCUUCCCGCGUUCUUUUUGGCCUUUGACUUGUUAGAUCGUUUGACAGGAAGCUUCGUGGGGCGGGACACUUUGGUGGGGCUCCUGAAGAACAGCGGUAUCAGUAUAGUGCCAGAGAUUUAUAGAGGUAUAUUAGAGGGAAGGGAGAUGCUGCUGGGGUUCUUGGAAAGGGAGAGCCUGUUUGCGCCUGGCACAAGGGUAGAGGGAGUGGUUGUCAGGUGGCAGAACGGCGAGAGAGGAAAGGUUGUCAGAGAGAAUUUUGUUGCUGGGAGUGAGCAUUGGAGUAAGAAUGAGUAUAGGAAAAAUAGGCUCGCGGCGGAGGAGGAGGCCGAGUGA